AUGUCCGCCAGGUCGUCGUCGAUCAAGAACGGUUCGUCUCCGGUGGACUGCAAGGCCGAGAUGCUGGCCGCGCAGGCGCCGGACGACGAGCUCGCAGGCAAUGGCCAUGUGGAGUCGAAGUACAUGGGCACGGUGGCUGAUCGCCGUGAGAUGAACGCGCUGGGGAAAUCGCAGGUGCUGCGGCGAAAUUUCCGCUUCAUCUCGAUCUUGGGAUUCGGCAGCACGUUGAUCGCAACGUGGGAGGUGAUCUUGACGCUGCUGGGCUUUGGCCUGUUGAACGGCGGCACCGCCGGGCUCGUCUGGGGUUUUCUCGUUAUCUUCUUCGGUGCCACGAUGGUCUUCGCCAGCCUGGCCGAGAUGGCCUCCAUGGCGCCCACCGCCGGUGGCCAGUACCACUGGGUGUCGGAGUUUGCGCCGCGCUCGUGGCAGAAGUAUCUCAGCUAUAUCACCGGCUGGAUCUGCACCCUGGGCUGGCAGUGCACCAUUGUGGCCAUCUCCUUCAUUGCUGGCACGGUCAUCCAGGGCCUGAUCACACUGAACAAUGAUGCCUAUGUCCCCAAGCAGUGGCACGGCACCCUACUGGUUAUUGGCAUCGCUAGCUUUGCUGUCUUCUUCAACACUCUGCUGGCAAAGAAACUGCCCAUGGUAGAGGGCCUGUUUCUCAUCCUCCACGUUCUCGGCAUAUUCCUGAUCAUCAUCCCACUGUGGGUGCUGGCACCCCGCCACUCAGCCAAAUUCGUCUUCACCGAGUUCAACAACGGUGGCGGCUGGAAUUCAAUCGGCACAUCUGCGCUCAUCGGCUUUACAACCUCACUUCCGUCAAUGAUCGGCUACGACUGCACUGUUCAUAUGGCGGAGGAGAUCCAAGACGCCUCGCGAACCCUACCAAAGGCCAUCAUGGGGACUGUUUUCAUCAACGGUAUUCUCGGGUUUCUCAUGAUGCUCACGCUGUGUUUCACUCUGGGCGAUGUCAACAGUAUUUUGGAAACUAAGACUGGCUUCCCGUUUAUCCAAGUCUUCUAUAACACGACCCAAAACCUCAAGGCAUCAUCGGCAAUGUGUGCAAUUGUAGUUCUGACUCUGACAGCAAGUGCCAUUAGCGAGAUUGCGACCGCCUCCAGGCAGCUGUGGUCCUUUUCGCGGGAUAAUGGUAUGCCCUUUUCCUCUAUCCUCUCCCAUGUGCCUCCACGGUGGAAUAUUCCCCUCAAUGCUGUCUUUGUAUCUCUCUUCGCGACAUCUCUUCUUUCUUUGAUCAACCUCGGUUCUUCUAUUGCCUUGAACGCCAUCAUCUCGCUCACAAACUCGUCACUUGUUACUUCAUAUAUGAUAUCCAUUGGUUGUGUUCUGCUUAAGCGGCUUCGUGGCGAGCCUCUCCCAUCUCGCAGAUGGUCGCUCGGCCGCUUUGGCUUUGCAAUCAACGUAGCCGCUCUUUGCUAUCUCGCUCCAAUGUUUGUCUUCGCAUUCUUUCCCCCCCAGCCCAACCCUAAUGCCCAGACAAUGAACUGGGCGAUCGUUAUGUAUGGCUUUGUUAUUUCGUUUGCAACUAUUUACUAUAUAUUUGUUGGAAGAUUCCAUUAUGUACCACCCGUGUCGCUGGUCAAGAGGGAGGAAUAA